AUGGUGGGACUAGCUCAACCAAUGCCUAAGAAGGUGACAAGGAGCCAGCUCGACCGACAGCUCGAUCGAGCUAGAAACAGGGCAACUCGAUCGAGUUCCACAACUCGACCGAGGUCUUUUGGAGCAUUCUGGAGCAUAUGGGACAAAGGAGCAUGGAGGGACUUGGCACAUGGAAGCAGCUCAACUGGAUACGCAAAGGAAGAAGGGAGAAGCCAUCUUGAAGACCAGCUCGACCGUCCACUCGACCAACCGGUCGAGUUCCUCAACUCGACCGGCCAAGCUUCAACUCGAUCGAGCUGGGGAAGUCAAAGUCAAACCCGAAAAAUGUUGCUUCCCCCUUGA